AUGGAAGGAGGGAGAAUGCCCCAUCACCCCGCCCCAUCACCCCGCCCCAUUCUCCCGCUUUCCAUCACCCCGCCCCAUUCUCCCUCUUUCCAUCACCCUGCCGCAUUCUCCCUCUUUCCAUCACCCCACUCUAUUCUCCCUCUUUCCAUCAUCCCGCUCCACUCUCCCGCUUUCCAUCACCCCACCCCUUUCUCCCGCGUUCCAUCACCCCGCCCCAUUCUCCCGCUUUCCAUCACCCCGCCCCAUUCUCCCGCUUUCCAUCACCCCGCCCUAUUCUCCCGCUUUCCACCACCCUGCCCUAUUCUCCCGCUUUCCAUCACCCUGCCCCAUUCUCCCGCUUUCCAUCACCCCGCCCCAUUCUCCCGCUUUCCAUCACCCCGCCCCAUUCUCCCGCUUUCCAUCACCCCGCCCCAUUUUCAAGCUUUCCAUCACCCUGCCCCAUUCUCCUACUUUCCAUCACCCCGCCCCAUUCUCCCGCUUUCCAUCACCUCGCCCCAUUCUCCCGCUUUUCAUCACCCCACCCCAUUCUCCCGCUUUCCAUCACCCCGGCCCAUUCUCCUGUUUUCCAUCACCCCGCCCCAUUCUCCUGCUUUCCAUCACCCAGCCCUAUUCUCCCGCUUUCCAUCACCCCGCCCCAUUCUCCCGCUUUCCAUCACCCCGUCCCAUUCUCCCUCUUUUCAUCACCCCGCCCCAUUCUCCCUCUUUCCACCACCCCGCCCCAUUCUCCCGAUUUCCAUCACCCCGGCCCAUUCUCCCUAUUUCCAUCACCCCGCUCCAUUCUCCCACUUUCCAUCACCCCGCCCCAUUCUCCCGCUUUCCGUCACCCCGCCCCAUUCUCCCACUUUCCAUCACCCCGCCCCAUUCUACCUCUUUCCAUCACCCCGCCCCAGUCUCCCUCUUUCCAUCACCCCGCCCCAUUCUCCCUAUUUCCAUCACCCUGCCCCAUGCUCCCUCUUUCCAUCACCCCGCCCCAUCCUCCCUAUUUCCAUCACCCCGCCCCAUUCUUCCGCUUUCCAUCACCCCGCCCCAUUCUCCAGCUUACCAUCACCCCGCCCCAUUCUCCAGCUUUCCAUCACCCCGCCCCAUUCUCCAGCUUUCCAUCAACCCGCCCCAUUCUCCCGCUUUCCAUCAACCCGCCCAAUUCUCCCGCUUUCCAUCACCCCGCCCCAUUCUCCCGCUUUCCAUCACCCCGCCCCAUUCUCCCGCUUUCCAUCACCCCGCCCCAUUCUCCCGCUUUCCAUCACCCCGCCCCAUUCUCCCACUUUCCAUCACCCCGCCCCAUUCUCCCGCUUUCCAUCACCCCGCCCCAUUCUCCCGCUUUCCAUCACCCCGCCCCAUUCUCCCGCUUUCCAUCACCCCGCCCCAUUCUCCCACUUUCCAUCACCCCGCCCCAUUCUCCCGCUUUCCAUCACCCCGCCCCAUUCUCUUGCUUUCAAUCACCCCGCCCCAUCCUUCCGCUUUCCAUCACCCCGCCCCAUUCACCCAGCCCCAUUCUCCGUCUUUCCAUCAACCCGCCCCAUUCUCCCGCUUUUCUUCACCCCGCCCAAUUCUCCCUCUUUCCACCACCCCGCCCAAUUCUCCCGCUUUCCAUCACCCCGCCCCAUUCUCCCGCUUUCCAUCACCCUGCCCCAUUAUCCCGCUUUCCAUCACCCCGCCCCAUUCUCCCGCUUUCCAUCACCCCGCCCCAUUCUCCCGCUUUCCAUCACCCCGCCCCAUUUUCAAGCUUUCCAUCACCCUGCCCCAUUCUCCUGCUUUCCAUCACCCCACCCCAUCCUCCCGCUUUCCAUCACCUCGCCCCAUUCUCCCGCUUUUUAUCACCCCACCCCAUUCUCCCGCUUUCCAUCACCCCGGCCCAUUCUCCUGUUUUCCAUCACCCCGCCCCAUUCUCCUGCUUUCCAUCACCCAGCCCUAUUCUCCCGCUUUCCAUCACCCCGCCCCAUUCUCCUGCUUUCCAUCACCCUGUCCCAUUCUCCCUCUUUUCAUCACCCCGCCCCAUUCUCCCUCUUUCCACCACCCCGCCCCAUUCUCCCGCUUUCCAUCACCCCGGCCCAUUCUACUUAUUUCCAUCACCCCGCUCCAUUCUCCCACUUUCCAUCACCCCGCCCCAUUCUCCCGCUUUCCGUCACCCCGCCCCAUUCUCCCACUUUCCAUCACCCCGCCCCAUUCUACCUCUUUCCAUCACCCCGCCCCAGUCUCCCUCUUUCCAUCACCCCGCCCCAUUCUCCCUAUUUCCAUCACCCUGCCCCAUGCUCCCUCUUUCCAUCACCCCGCCCCAUCCUCCCUAUUUCCAUCACCCCGCCCCAUUCUUCCGCUUUCCAUCACCCCGCCCCAUUCUCCAGCUUACCAUCACCCCGCCCCAUUCUCCCGCUUUCCAUCACCCCGCCCGAUUCUCCCGCUUUCCAUCAACCCGCCCAAUUCUCCCGCUUUCCAUCACCCCGCCCCAUUCUCCCGCUUUCCAUCACCCCGCCCCAUUCUCCCGCUUUCCAUCACCCUGCCCCAUUCUCCCGCUUUCCAUCAGCCCGCCCCAUUCUCCCGCUUUCCAUCACCCCGCCCCAUUCUCCCGCUUUCCAUCACCCCGCCCCAUUCUCCCGCUUUCCAUCACCCCGCCCCAUUCUCCCGCUUUCCAUCACCCCGCCCCAUUCUUCCGCUGUCCAUCACCCCGCCCCAUUCACCCCUCCCCAUUCUCCGUCUUUCCAUCAACCUGCCCCAUUCUCCCGCUUUUCUUCACCCCGCCCCAUUCUCCCUCUUUCCAUCACCCCACCCCAUUCUUCCGCUUUUCAUCACCCUGCCCCAUUCUCCCUCUUUCCUUCACCCCGCCCCAUUCCCCCUCUUUCCAUCAGCCCGCCCCAUUCUCCCGCUUUUCUUCACCCCGCCCCAUUCUCCCUCUUUCCAUCACCCCACCCCAUUCUUCCGCUUUUCAUCACCCUGCCCCAUUCUCCCGCUUUCCAUCACCCCGCUCCAUUCUCCCGCUUUCCAUCACCCCGCCCCAUUCUCCCGCUUUCCAUCACCCCGCCCCAUUCUCCCGCUUUCCAUCACCCCGCCCCAUUCUCCCGCUUUCCAUCAACCCGCCCCAUUCUCCCGCUUUCCAUCACCCCGCCCCAUUCUUCCGCUUUCCAUCACCCCGCCCCAUUCACCCCGCCCCAUUCUCCCUCUUUCCAUCAACCCGCCCCAUUCUCCCGCUUUUCUUCACCCCGCCCCAUUCUCCCUCUUUCCAUCACCCCACCCCAUUCUUCCGCUUUUCAUCACCCUGCCCCAUUCUCCCUCUUUCCUUCACCCCGCCCCAUUCCCCCUCUUUCCAUCAGCCCGCCCCAUUCUCCCGCUUUUCUUCACCCCGCCCCAUUCUUCCGCUUUUCUUCACCCCGCCCCAUUCUCCCGCUUUCCAUCACCCCGCCCCAUUCUCCCGCUUUCCAUCACCCCGCCCCAUUCUCCCGCUUUCCAUCACCCCGCCCCGUUCUCCCGCUUUCCAUCACUCCGCCCCAUUCUCCCGCUUUCAAUCACCUCGCCCUAUUCUCAAGCUUUCCAUCACCCGGCCCCAUUCUCCCGCUUUCCAUCACCCCGCCCCAGUCCCCCUCUUUCCAUCACCCCGCCCCAUUCUCCAGCUUUCCAUCACCCCGCCCCAUUCUCCCGCUUUCCAUCACCCCGCCCCAUUCUCCCGCUUUCCAUCACCCCGCCCCAUUCUCCCGCUUUCCAUCACCCCGCCCCUUUCUCCCUCUUUCCAUCACCCCGCCCCAUUCUCCCGCUUUCCAUCACCCCGCCCCAUUCUCCCGCUUUCCAUCACCGCACCCCAUUCUCCCGCUUUCCAUCACCCCGCCCCAUUCUCCCUCUUUUCAUCACCCCGCCCCAUUCUCCCUCUUUCCACCACCCCGCCCCAUUCUCCCGCUUUCCAUCACCCCGGCCCAUUCUCCCUAUUUCCAUCACCCCACUCCAUUCUCCCACAUUCCAUCACCCCGCCCCAUUCUCUCGCUUUCCGUCACCCCGCCCCAUUCUCCCGCUUUCCAUCACCCCGCCCCAUUCUCCCUCUUUCCAUCACCCCGCCCCAGUCUCCCUCUUUCCAUCACCCCGCCCCAUUCUCCCUAUUUCCAUCACCCUGCCCCAUGCUCCCUCUUUCCAUCACCCCGCCCCAUCCUCCCUAUUUCCAUCACCCCGCCCCAUUCUUCCACUUUCCAUCACCCCGCCCCAUUCUCCCGCUUUCCAUCAACCCGCCCAAUUCUCCCGCUUUCCAUCACCCCGCCCCAUCCUCCCGCUUUCCAUCACCCCGCCCCAUUCUCCCGCUUUCCAUCACCCUGCCCCAUUCUCCCGCUUUCCAUCACCCCGCCCCAUUCUCCCGCUUUCCAUCACCCCGCCCCAGUCUCCUGCUUUCCAUCACCCCGCCCCAUUCUCCCGCUUUCCAUCACCCCGCCCCAUUCUCCCGCUUUCCAUCACCCCGCCCCAUUCUUCCGCUUUCCAUCACCCCGCCCCAUUCACCCCGCCCCAUUCUCCCUCAUUCCAUCAACCCGCCCCAUUCUCCCGCUUUUCUUCACCCCGCCCCAUUCUCCCUCUUUCCAUCACCCCGCCCCAUUCUUCCGCUUUUCAUCACCCUGCCCCAUUCUCCCUCUUUCCAUCACCCCGCCCCAUUCCCCCUCUUUCCAUCAGCCCGCCCCAUUCUCCCGCUUUUCUUCACCCCGCCCCAUUCUUCCGCUUUUCAUCACCCUGCCCCAUUCUCCCGCUUUCCAUCACCCCGCCCCAUUCUCCCGCUUUCCAUCACCCCGCCCCAUUCUCCCUCCUUCCAUCACCCUGCCCCAUUCUCCCUCUUUCCAUCACCCCACCCUAUUCUCCCUCUUUCCAUCACCCCGCCCCACUAUCCCGCUUUCCAUCACCCCACCCCUUUCUCCCGCGUUCCAUCACCCCGCCCCAUUCUCUCGCUUUCCAUCACCCCGCCCCAUUCUCCCGCUUUCCAUCACCCCGCCCUAUUCUCCCGCUUUCCACCACCUUGCCCCAUUCUCCCGCUUUCCAUCACCCUGCUCCAUUCUCCCGCUUUCCAUCACCCCGCCCCAUUCUCCCGCUUUCCAUCACCCCGCCCCAUUCUCCCGCUUUCCAUCACCCCGCCCCAUUUUCAAGCUUUCCAUCACCCCGCCCCAUUCUCCUGCUUUCCAUCACCUCGCCCCAUUCUCCCGCUUUCCAUCACCUCGCCCCAUUCUCCCGCUUUUCAUCACCCCGCCCCAUUCUCCCGCUUUCCAUCACCCCGGCCCAUUCUCCCGUUUUCCAUCACCCCGCUCCAUUCUCCCGCUUUCCAUCACCCCGCCCUAUUCUCCCGCUUUCCAUCACCCCGCCCCAUUCUCCCGCUUUCCAUCACCCCGUCCCAUUCUCCCUCUUUUCAUCACCCCGCCCCAUUCUCCCUCUUUCCACCACCCCCCAUUCUCCCGCUUUCCGUCACCCCGCCCCAUUCUCCCGCUUUCCAUCACCCCGCCCCAUUCUCCCUCUUUCCAUCACCCCGCCCCAGUCUCCCUCUUUCCAUCACCCCGCCCCAUUCUCCCUAUUUCCAUCACCCUGCCCCAUGUACCCUCUUUCCAUCACCCCGCCCCAUCCUCCCUAUUUCCAUCACCCCGCCCCAUUCUUCCGCUUUCCAUCACCCCGCCCCAUUCUCCAGCUUACCAUCACCCCGCCCCAUUCUCCCGCUUUCCAUCACCCCGCCCCAUUCUCCCGCUUUCCAUCAACCCGCCCAAUUCUCCCGCUUUCCAUCACCCCGCCCCAUUCUCCCGCUUUCGAUCACCCCGCCCCAUUCUCCCGCUUUCCAUCACCCCGCCCCAUUCUCCCUCUUUCCAUCACCCCGCCCCAGUCUCCCUCUUUCCAUCACCCCGCCCCAUUCUCCCUAUUUCCAUCACCCUGCCCCAUGUACCCUCUUUCCAUCACCCCGCCCCAUCCUCCCUAUUUUCAUCACCCCGCCCCAUUCUUCCGCUUUCCAUCACCCCGCCCCAUUCUCCAGCUUACCAUCACCCCGCCCCAUUCUCCCGCUUUCCAUCACCCCGCCCCAUUCUCCCGCUUUCCAUCAACCCGCCCAAUUCUCCCGCUUUCCAUCACCCCGCCCCAUUCUCCCGCUUUCGAUCACCCCGCCCCAUUCUCCCGCUUUCCAUCACCCCGCCCCAUUCUCCCUCUUUCCAUCACCCCGCCCCAGUCUCCCUCUUUCCAUCACCCCGCCCCAUUCUCCCUAUUUCCAUCACCCUGCCCCAUGCUCCCUCUUUCCAUCACCCCGCCCCAUCCUCCCUAUUUCCAUCACCCCGCCCCAUUCUUCCACUUUCCAUCACCCCGCCCCAUUCUCCAGCUUACCAUCACCCCGCCCCAUUCUCCCGCUUUCCAUCACCCCGCCCCAUUCUCCAGCUUUCCAUCACCCCGCCCCAUUCUCCCGCUUUCCAUCAACCCGCCCAAUUCUCCCGCUUUCCAUCACCCUGCCCCAUUCUCCCGCUUUCCAUCACCCCGCCCCAUUCUCCCGCUUUCCAUCACCCCGCCCCAUUCUCCCACUUUCCAUCACCCCGCCCCAUUCUCCCGCUUUCCAUCACCCCGCCCCAUUCUUCCGCUUUCCAUCACCCCGCCCCAUUCACCCCGCCCCAUUCUCCCUCUUUCCAUCAACCCGCCCCAUUCUCCCGCUUUUCUUCACCCCGCCCCAUUCUCCCUCUUUCCAUCACCCCACCCCAUUCUUCCGCUUUUCAUCACCCUGCCCCAUUCUCCCUCUUUCCAUCACCCCGCCCCAUUCCCCCUCUUUCCAUCAGCCCGCCCCAUACUCCCGCUUUUCUUCACCCCGCCCCAUUCUUCCGCUUUUCAUCACCCUGCCCCAUUCUCCCGCUUUCCAUCACCCCGCCCCAUUCUCCCGCUUUCCAUCACCCCGCCCCAUUCUCCCUCCUUCCAUCACCUUGUCCCACUCUCCCUCUUUCCAUCACCCCACCCUAUUCUCCCUCUUUCCAUCACCCCGCCCCACUCUCCCGCUUUCCAUCACCCCACCCCUUUCUCCCGCGUUCAAUCACCCCGCCCCAUUCUCCCGCUUUCCAUCACCCCGCCCCAUUCUCCCGCUUUGCAUCACCCCGCCCUAUUCUCCCGCUUUCCACCACCUUGCCCCAUUCUCCCCCUUUCCAUGACCCUGCCCCAUUCUCCCGCUUUCCAUCACCCCGCCCCAUUCUCCCGCUUUCCAUCACCCCGCCCCAUUCUCCCGCUUUCCAUCACCCCGCCCCAUUUUCAAGCUUUCCAUCACCCCGCCCCAUUCUCCUGCUUUCCAUCACCUCGCCCCAUUCUCCCGCUUUCCAUCACCUCGCCCCAUUCUCCCGCUUUUCAUCACCCCGCCCCAUUCUCCCGCUUUCCAUCACCCCGGCCCAUUCUCCCGUUUUCCAUCACCCCGCCCCAUUCUCCCGCUUUCCAUCACCCCGCCCUAUUCUCCCGCUUUCCAUCACCCCGCCCCAUUCUCCCGCUUUCCAUCACCCCGUCCCAUUCUCCCUCUUUUCAUCACCCCGCCACAUUCUCCCUCUUUCCACCACCCCGCCCCAUUCUCCCGCUUUCCGUCACCCCGCCCCAUUCUCCCUCUUUCCAUCACCCCGCCCCAUUCUCCCUCUUUCCAUCACCCCGCCCCAGUCUCCCUCUUUCCAUCACCCCGCCCCAUUCUCCCUCUUUCUAUCACCCCGCCCCAUUCUCCCGCUUUCCAUCACCCCGCCCAAUUCUUCCGCUUUCCAUCACCCCGCCCCAGUCUCCCUCUUUCCAUCACCCUGCCCCAUGUACCCUCUUUCCAUCACCCCGCCCCAUCCUCCCUAUUUCCAUCACCCCGCCCCAUUCUUCCGCUUUCCAUCACCCCGCCCCAUUCUCCAGCUUACCAUCACCCCGCCCCAUUCUCCCGCGUUCCAUCACCCCGCCCCAUUCUCCCGCUUUCCAUCAUCCCGCCCAAUUCUCCCGCUUUCCAUCACCCCGCCCCAUUCUCCCGCUUUCCAUCACCCCGCCCCAUUCUCCCGCUUUCCAUCACCCCGCCCCAUUCUCCCGCUUUCUAUCACCCCGCCCCAUUCUCCCGCUUUCCAUCACCCCGCCCAAUUCUUCCGCUUUCCAUCACACCGCCCCAUUCACCCAGCCCCAUUCUCCGUCUUUCCAUCAACCCGCCCCAUUCUCCCGCUUUUCUUCACCCCGCCCCAUUCUCCCUCUUUCCAUCACCCCACCCCAUUCUUCCGCUUUUCAUCACCCUGCCCCAUUCUCCCUCUUUCCUUCACCCCGCCCCAUUCCCCCUCUUUCCAUCAGCCCGCCCCAUUCUCCCGCUUUUCUUCACCCCGCCCCAUUCUUCCGCUUUUCAUCACCCCGCCCCAUUCUCCCGCUUUCCAUCACCCCGCCCCAUUCUCCCGCUUUCCAUCACUCCGCCCCAUUCUCCCGCUUUCCAUCACCCCGCCCUAUUCUCAAGCUUUCCAUCACCCGGCCCCAUUCUCCCGCUUUCCAUCACCCCGCCCCAUUCUCCCGCUUUCCAUCACCCCGCCCCUUUCUCCCUCUUUCCAUCACCCCGCCCCAUUCUCCUGCUUUCCAUCACCCCGCCCCAUUCUCCCGCUUUCCAUCACCCCGCCCCAUUCUCCCUCUUUCCAUCACCCCGCCCCAUUCUCCCUCUUUCCAUCACCCCGCCCUUUUCUCCCUCUUCCCAUCACCCCGCCCCAUUCUUCCGCUUUCCAUUACCCCGCCCCAUUCUCCCGCUUUCCAUCACCCCACCCCAUUCUCCCUCUUUCCAUCACCCCGCCCCAUUCUCACGCUUUCCAUCAUCCCGCCCCAUUCUCCCGCUUUCCAUCACCCCGCUCCUUUCUUCCUCUUUCCAUCACCCCGCCCCAUUCUCCCGCUUUCCAUCUCCGCGCCCCAUUCUCCCGCUGUCCAUCACCCCGCCCCAUUCUCCCGCUUUCCAUCACCCCGCCCCAUUCUUCCGCUUUCCAUCACCCCGCCCCAUUCUCCCUCUUUCCAUCUCCCCGCCCCAUUCUCCCUCUCUCCAUCACCCAGCCCCAUUCUCCCACUUUCCAUCAUCCCGCCCCAUUCUCCCGCUUUCAAUCACCCCGCCCCAUUCUUCCGCUUUCCAUCACCCCGCCCCAUUCUCCCUAUUUCCAUCAGCCCGCCCCAUUCUCCCUCUUUCCAUCACCCCGCCCCAUUCUCCCGCGUUCCAUCACCCCGCCCCAUUCUCCCGCUAUUUCAUCACCGCGCCCCAUUCUCCCUCUUUCCAUAACCCCGCCCUAUUCUCCCUCUUUCCAUCACCCCGCAACAUUCUCCCUCUUUCCAUCACCCCACCCCAUUCUCCCGCUUUCCAUCACCCCGCCCCAUUCUCCCGCUUUCCAUCACUCCGCCCCAUUCUCCCGCUUUCCAUCACCCCGCCCUAUUCUCAAGCUUUCCAUCACCCGGCCCCAUUCUCCCGCUUUCCAUCACCCCGCCCCAUUCUCCCGCUUUCCAUCACCCCGCCCCUUUCUCCCUCUUUCCAUCACCCCGCCCCAUUCUCCUGCUUUCCAUCACCCCGCCCCAUUCUCCCGCUUUCCAUCACCCCGCCCCAUUCUCCCUCUUUCCAUCACCCCGCAACAUUCUCCCUCUUUCCAUCACCCCACCCCAUUCUCCCGCUUUCCAUCACCCCGCCCCAUUCUCCCGCUUUCCAUCAACCUGCCUCAUUCUCCCGCUUUCCAUAACCCCACCCCAUUCUCCUGCCCCAUUCUCCUUCUUUCCAUCACCCCACCCAAUUCUCCCGCUUUCCAUCACCCCGCACCAUUCUCCCUCUUUCCAUCAUCCCGCCCCAUUCUCCCGCUUUCAAUCACCCCGCCCCAUUCUUCCGCUUUCCAUCACCCCGCCCCAUUCUCCCUCUUUCCAUCAGCCCGCCCCAUUCUCCCUCUUUCCAUCACCCCGCCCCAUUCUCCCGCGUUCCAUCACCCCGCCCCAUUCUCCCGCUAUUUCAUCACCGCGCCCCAUUCUCCCUCUUUCCAUAACCCCGCCCUAUUCUCCCUCUUUCCAUCACCCCGCAACAUUCUCCCUCUUUCCAUCACCCCACCCCAUUCUCCCGCUUUCCAUCACCCCGCCCCAUUCUCCCGCUUUCCAUCAACCUGCCUCAUUCUCCCGCUUUCCAUAACCCCACCCCAUUCUCCUGGUUUCCAUCACCCCGCCCCAUUCUCCCGCUUUCCAUCACCCCCCCUAUUCUCCCUCUUUCCAUCACCCUACCCCAUUCUCCGUUUUCCAUCACCCAGCCCCAUUCUCCUUCUUUCCAUCACCCCACCCAAUUCUCCCGCUUUCCAUCACCCCGUCCCAUUCUCCCUCUUUCCAUCACCCCGCCCCAUUCUCCCGCUUUCCACCACCCCGCUCCAUUCUCCCGCUUUCCAUCACCCCGCCCAAUUCUCCCUCUUUCCAUCACCCCUCCCCAUUCUCCCUCUUUCCACCACCCCGCCCCAUUCUCCCGCUUUCCAUCACACCGCCCCAUUCUCCCUCCAUCCACCACCCCGCCCUAUUCUCCCUCUUUCCAUCACCCCGCCCCAUUCUCCCGCUUUCCAUCACCCCGCCCCAUUCUCCCGCUUUCCAUCACCCCUCCCCAUUCUCCCGCAUUCCAUCACCCCGCCCCAUUCUCCCGCUUUCCAUCACCCCGCCCCAUUCUCCCUUUUUCCAUCACCCCACCCUAUUCUCCCUCUUUCCAUCACCCCGACCCAUUCUCUCGCUUUCCAUCACCCCGCCCCAUUCUUCCGCUUUCCAUCAUCCCACCCCAUUCUCCCGCUUUCCAUCACCCCGCUCCAUUCUCCCGCUUUCCAUCACCCGGCCCAAUUCUCCCUCUUUCCAUCACCCCUCCCCAUUCUCCCUCUUUCCAUCACCCCGCCCCAUUCUCCCGCUUUCCAUCACCCUGCCCCAUUCUCCUGCUUUCCAUCACCCCCCCCCAUUCUCCCGCUUUCCAUAUCCCCGCCCCAUUCUCCUGCUUUCCAUCACCCCGCCCCAUUCUUCCGCUUUCCAUCACCCCGCCCCAUUCUCCCUCUUUCCAUCAACCCGCCUCAUUCUUCCGCUUUUCAUCACCCUACCCCAUUCUUCCUCUUUCCAUCACCCCGCCCCAUCCCCCCUCUUUCCAUCAGCCUGCCCCAUUCUCCUGCUUUCCAUCACCCCACCCCAUUCUCCGGUUUUCCAUCACCGCGCCCCACUCUCCCGCUUUCCAUCACCCCGCCCCAUUCUCCCGCUAUCCAUCACCCCGCCCCAUUCUCACGCUUUUCAUCAGCCCGCCCCAUUCUCCCUCUUUCCAUCACCCCGCCCCAUUCUUCCGCUUUUCAUCACCCUACCCCAUUCUCCCUCUUUCCAUCACCCCGCCUCAUUCCCCCUGUUUCCAUCAGCCCGACCCAUUCUCUCGCUUUCCAUCACCCCGCCCCAUUCUUCCGCUUUCCAUCAUCCCACCCCAUUCUCCCGCUUUCCAUCACCCCGCUCCAUUCUCCCGCUUUCCAUCACCCCGCCCAAUUCUCCCUCUUUCCAUCACCCCUCCCCAUUCUCCCUCUUUCCAUCACCCCGCCCCAUUCUCCCGCUUUCCAUCACCCUGCCCCAUUCUCCCGCUUUCCAUCACCCCCCCCCAUUCUCCCGCUUUCCAUAUCCCCGCCCCAAUCUCCUGCUUUCCAUCACCCCGCCCCAUUCUUCCGCUUUCCAUCACCCCGCCCCAUUCACCCCGCCCCAUUCUCCCUCUUUCCAUCAACCCGCCCCAUUCUUCCGCUUUUCAUCACCCUACCCCAUUCUCCCUCUUUCCAUCACCCCGCCCCAUCCCCCCUCUUUCCAUCAGCCUGCCCCAUUCUCCCGCUUUCCAUCACCCCACCCCAUUCUCCGGUUUUCCAUCACCCCGCCCCACUCUCCCGCUUUCCAUCACCCCGCCCCAUUCUCCCGCUAUCCAUCACCCCGCCCCAUUCUCACGCUUUUCAUCAGCCCGCCCCAUUCUCCCUCUUUCCAUCACCCCGCCCCAUUCUUCCGCUUUUCAUCACCCUACCCCAUUCUCCCUCUUUCCAUCACCCCGCCUCAUUCCCCCUCUUUCCAUCAGCCCGCCCCAUUCUCCCGCUUUUCUUCACCCCGCCCCAUUCUUCCGCUUUUCAUCACCCUGCCCCAUUCUCCCGCUUUCCAUCACCCCGCCCCAUUCUCCCGCUUUCCAUGACCUCGCCCCAUUCUCCCGCUUUCCAUCACCCCGCCCCAUUCUCCCGCUUUCUAUCACUCCGCCCCAUUCUCCCACUUUCCAUCACCCCGCCCCAUUCUCAAGCUUUCCAUCACCCCGCCCCAUUCUCCCGCUUUCCAUCACCCCGCCCCAUUCUCCCGCUUUCCAUCACCCCGCCCCAUUCUCCCGCUUUCCAUCACCCCGCCCCAUUCUCCCGCUUUCCAUCACCCCGCCCCAUUCUCCCGCUUUCCAUCACCCCGCCCCUUUCUCCCUCUUUCCAUCACCCCGCCCCAUUCUCCCGCUUUCCAUCACCCCGCCCCAUUCUCCCGCUUUCCAUCACCCCACCCCAUUCUCCCGUUUUCCAUCACCCCGCCCCAUUCUCCCCCUUUCCAUCACCCCGCCGCAUACUCCCUCUUUUCAUCACCCCGCCCCAUUCUCCCUCUUUCCAUCGCCCCGCCCCAUUCUUCCGCUUUUCAUCACCCCGCCCCAUUCUCCUUCUUUCCAUCACCCCGCCCCAUUCCCCCUCUUUCCAUCAGCCUGCCCCAUUCUCCCGCUUUCCAUCACCCCACCCCAUUCUCCCGUUUUCCAUCACCCCGCCCCAUUCUCCCGCUUUCCAUCACCCCGCCCCAUUCUCCCGCUAUCCAUCACCCCGCCCCAUUCUCCCGCUUUCCAUCACCCCGCCCCAUUCCCGCUUUCCAUCACCCCGCCCCAUUCUCCCGCUUUCUAUCACCCCGCCCCAUUCUCCCGCUUUCCAUCACCCCGCCCCAUUCUCCCGUUUUCCAUCACCCCGCCCCAUUCUCCCCCUUUCCAUCACCCCACCCCAUUCUCCCUCUUUCCAUCACCCCGCCCCAGUCUCCCUCUUUCCAUCACCCCGCCCCAUUCUCCCUAUUUCCAUCACCCUGCCCCAUGCUCCCUCUUUCCAUCACCCCGCCCCAUCCUCCCUUUUUCCAUCACCCCGCCCCAUUCUCCAGCUUACCAUCACCCCACCCCAUUCUCCAGCUUACCAUCACCCCGCCCCAUUCUCCAGCUUUCCAUCACCCCGCCCCAUUCUCCAGCUUUCCAUCAACCCGCCCCAUUCUCCCGCUUUUCAUCAACCCGCCCAAUUCUCCCGCUUUCCAUCACCCCGCCCCAUUCUCCCGCUUUCCAUCACCCCGCCCCAUUCUCCCGCUUUCCAUCACCCCGCCCCAUUCUCCCGCUUUCCAUCACCCCGCCCCAUUCUCCCACUUUCCAUCACCCCGCCCCAUUCUCCCGCUUUCCAUCACCCCGCCCCAUUCUCCCGCUUUCCAUCACCCCGCCCCAUUCUCCCGCUUUCCAUCACCCCGCCCCAUUCUCCCACUUUCCAUCACCCCGCCCCAUUCUCCCGCUUUCCAUCACCCCGCCCCAUUCUCCCGCUUUCAAUCACCCCGCCCCAUUCUUCCGCUUUCCAUCACCCCGCCCCAUUCACCCAGCCCCAUUCUCCGUCUUUCCAUCAACCCGCCCCAUUCUCCCGCUUUUCUUCACCCCGUCCCAUUCUCCCUCUUUUCAUCACCCCGCCCCAUUCUCCCUCUUUCCACCACCCCGCCCAAUUCUCCAGCUUUCCAUCACCCCGCCCCAUUCUCCCGCUUUCCAUCACCCCGCCCCAUUCUCCCGCUUUCCAUCACCGCACCCCAUUCUCCCGCUUUCCAUCACCCCGCCCGAUUCUCCCUCUUUUCAUCACCCCGCCCCAUUCUUCCUCUUUCCACCACCCCGCCCCAUUCUCCCGCUUUCCAUCACCCCGGCCCAUUCUCCCUAUUUCCAUCACCCCGCUCCAUUCUCCCACUUUCCAUCACCCCGCCCCAUUCUCUCGCUUUCCGUCACUCCGCCCCAUUCUCCCGCUUUCCAUCACCCCGCCCCAUUCUCCCUCUUUCCAUCACCCCGCCCCAGUCUCCCUCUUUUCAUCACCCCGCCCCAUUCUCCCUAUUUCCAUCACCCUGCCCCAUGCUCCCUCUUUCCAUCACCCCGCCCCAUCCUCCCUAUUUCCAUCACCCCGCCCCAUUCUUCCACUUUCCAUCACCCCGCCCCAUUCUCCCGCUUUCCAUCACCCCGCCCCAUUCUCCAGCUUUCCAUCACCCCGCCCCAUUCUCCCGCUUUCCAUCAACCCGCCCAAUUCUCCCGCUUUCCAUCACCCCGCCCCUUUCUCCCGCUUUCCAUCACCCCGCCCCAUUCUCCCGCUUUCCAUCACCCCGCCCCAUUCUCCCGCUUUCCAUCACCCCGCCCCAUUCUUCCGCUUUCCAUCACCCCGCCCCAUUCACCCCGCCCCAUUCUCCCUCUUUCCAUCAACCCGCCCCAUUCUCCCGCUUUUCUUCACCCCGCCCCAUUCUCCCUCUUUCCAUCACCCCACCCCAUUCUUCCGCUUUUCAUCACCCUGCCCCAUUCUCCCUCUUUCCAUCACCCCGCCCCAUUCCCCCUCUUUCCAUCAGCCCGCCCCAUUCUCCCGCUUUUCUUCACCCCGCCCCAUUCUUCCGCUUUUCAUCACCCUGCCCCAUUCUCCCGCUUUCCAUCACCCCGCCCCAUUCUCCCGCUUUCCAUCACCCUGCCCCAUUCUCCCUCCUUCCAUCACCCUGCCCCAUUCUCCCUCUUUCCAUCACCCCACCCUAUUCUCCCUCUUUCCAUCACCCCGCCCCACUCUCCCGCUUUCCAUCACCCCACCCCUUUCUCCCGCGUUCCAUCACCCCGCCCCAUUCUCCCGCUUUCCAUCACCCCGCCCCAUUCUCCCGCUUUCCAUCACCCCGCCCUAUUCUCCCGCUUUCCACCACCUUGCCCCAUUCUCCCGCUUUCCAUCACCCUGCCCCAUUCUCCCGCUUUCCAUCACCCCGCCCCAUUCUCCCGCUUUCCAUCACCCCGCCCCAUUCUCCCGCUUUCCAUCACCCCGCCCCAUUUUCAAGCUUUCCAUCACCCCGCCCCAUUCUCCUGCUUUCCAUCACCUCGCCCCAUUCUCCCGCUUUCCAUCACCUCGCCCCAUUCUCCGCUUUUCAUCACCCCGCCCCAUUCUCCCGCUUUCCAUCACCCCGGCCCAUUCUCCCGUUUUCCAUCACCCCGCCCCAUUCUCCCGCUUUCCAUCACCCCGCCCUAUUCUCCCGCUUUCCAUCACCCCGCUCCAUUCUCCCGCUUUCCAUCACCCCGUCCCAUUCUCCCUCUUUUCAUCACCCCGCCCCAUUCUCCCUCUUUCCACCACCCCGCCCCAUUCUCCCGCUUUCCAUCACCCCGGCCCAUUCUCCCUAUUUCCAUCACCCCGCUCCAUUCUCCCACUUUCCAUCACCCCGCCCCAUUCUCCCGCUUUCCGUCACCCCGCCCCAUUCUCCCGCUUUCCAUCACCCCGCCCCAUUCUCCCUCUUUCCAUCACCCCGCCCAAGUCUCCCUCUUUCCAUCACCCCGCCCCAUUCUCCCUAUUUCCAUCACCCUGCCCCAUGCUCCCUCUUUCCAUCACCCCGCCCCAUCCUCCCUAUGUCCAUCACCCCGCCCCAUUCUUCCGCUUUCCAUCACCCCGCCCCAUUCUCCAGCUUACCAUCACCCCGCCCCAUUCUCCCGCUUUCCAUCACCCCGCCCCAUUCUCCCGCUUUCCAUCAACCCGCCCAAUUCUCCCGCUUUCCAUCACCCCGCCCCAUUCUCCCGCUUUCCAUCACCCCGCCCCAUUCUCCCGCUUUCCAUCACCCCGCCCCAUUCUCCUGCUUUCCAUCACCCCGCCCCAUUCUCCCGCUUUCCAUCACCCCGCCCCAUUCUUCCGCUUUCCAUCACACCGCCCCAUUCACCCAGCCCCAUUCUCCGUCUUUCCAUCAACCCGCCCCAUUCUCCCGCUUUUCUUCACCCCGCCCCAUUCUCCCACUUUCCAUCACCCCACCGCAUUCUUCCGCUUUUCAUCACCCUGCCCCAUUCUCCCUCUUUCCUUCACCCCGUCCCAUUCCCCCUCUUUCCAUCAGCCCGCCCCAUUCUCCCGCUUUUCUUCACCCCGCCCCAUUCUUCCGCUUUUCAUCACCCCGCCCCAUUCUCCCGCUUUCCAUCACCCCGCCCCAUUCUCCCGCUUUCCAUCACUCCGCCCCAUUCUCCCGCUUUCCAUCACCCCGCCCUAUUCUCAAGCUUUCCAUCACCCGGCCCCAUUCUCCCGCUUUCCAUCACCCCGCCCCAUUCUCCCGCUUUCCAUCACCCCGCCCCUUUCUCCCUCUUUCCAUCACCCCGCCCCAUUCUCCUGCUUUCCAUCACCCCGCCCCAUUCUCCCGCUUUCCAUCACCCCGCCCCAUUCUCCCUCUUUCCAUCACCCCGCCCCAUUCUCCCUCUUUCCAUCACCCCGCCCUAUUCUCCCUCUUCCCAUCACCCCGCCCCAUUCUUCCGCUUUCCAUUACCCCGCCCCAUUCUCCCGCUUUCCAUCACCCCACCCCAUUCUCCCUCUUUCCAUCACCCCGCCCCAUUCUCACGCUUUCCAUCAUCCCGCCCCAUUCUCCCGCUUUCCAUCACCCCGCUCCUUUCUUCCUCUUUCCAUCACCCCGCCCCAUUCUCCCGCUUUCCAUCUCCGCGCCCCAUUCUCCCGCUGUCCAUCACCCCGCCCCAUUCUCCCGCUUUCCAUCACCCCGCCCCAUUCUUCCGCUUUCCAUCACCCCGCCCCAUUCUCCCUCUUUCCAUCUCCCCGCCCCAUUCUCCCUCUCUCCAUCACCCAGCCCCAUUCUCCCACUUUCCAUCAUCCCGCCCCAUUCUCCCGCUUUCAAUCACCCCGCCCCACCGUAUGUUCAACCCACCGUGUGUUCAACCUAUCGUGUGUUCAACCCACCGUGUGUUCCACCCACCGUGUGAUCAACCCACCGUGUGUUCAACCCACCAUGUGUUCAACCCACCGUGUGUUCAACGCACCGUGUGUUGAACCAACCGUGUGUUCAACCCACCGUGUGUUCAACGCACCGUGUGUUCAACCCUCCGUUUGUUCAACCCACCGUGUGUUCAACGCACCGUGUGUUCAACCCACCGUUUGUUCAACCCACCGUGUGUUCAACGCACCGUGUGUUCAACCCACCGUUUGUUCAACCCACCGUGUGUUCAACCCACCUUGUGUUCAACCCACCGUAUGUUCAACGCACCGUGUGUUCAACCCACCGUGUGUUCAACCUACCGUGUGUUCAACCCACCGUGUGUUCAACCCACCGUGUGUUCAAACCACCGUGUGUUCAACCUAUCGUGUGUUCAACCCACCGUGUGUUCAACCCACCGUGUGUUCCACCCACCAUGUGAUCAACCCACCGUGUGUUCAAACCACCUUUUGUUCAACCCACCGUGUGUUCAACCCACUGUGUGAUGAGCCCACCAUUGUUUAA